AGGCUACAUUAUUCCUUCAGGACUUUCAGGAGCCCCUAUCCUUACUUUACGGCCUUUCCAACUUUGUAGCUUGGAACGUCCCCUUCUCUUAAUUCAUUCUUCCCCUCCAAGUUUCUUCCCUCAAAAUGCGUCUCAGCGCAUGCCUUGGGGUUGUAAUUAUCACGACCACUGUUUCUGCAUUCCCCUCUCUAUUCGCUGCGCCUGUCACUGAAGACUCAGCUCCCGAGUUGUUUCCCAGACAGAUUCCCAAUUGCACCAAUGGCCCCACUACGAGGAACUGCUGGGAUGGGGUUAGGGACAUUAACACAGAUUAUUACACCGACUUCCCGGUGACAGGGAGAGUUCGUGAGGUAAGGAGAUAGAGGAAUGCAACCAAUAUUCCAUUGCAAAAAAAAUUAAAUUGGUGGCUUUUUCAUAAUCCUCGAUACAAAAAACAAAAAAUAAGGUGAGAAAUUGCUAACUUUGGUGAUCAAUUAGUACUGGCUGACAGUAGAGAACUCGACUUUCGCUCCCGACGGAUACCGGCGCACUGUGUUGACCUUCAAUGGGACACUCCCGGGCCCUACGCUUUACGCCGGUGAGAAGGACCCUUUAUGAUACCAUCAUGUCAUGGAUCCUCUCCCCCAUGGGAUCUUAUGUUGACGUCUACAGAUUGGGGUGAUACCGUGCGUAUCCAUGUUACAAACAACUUGGAAUAUAACGGGUAUGCUGCCUCCGGGACUGAGCCGAGCCAUACAUGAGCAGUGACUGAAAGCAAUUUCUCAGAACAAGCGUCCACUGGCACGGGGUCCGUCAAUUGGGGACCACCGAGCAGGACGGCGUUAACGGGAUAACACAAUGUCCGUGUAUCCCUCCCCUAACAUUGGACACAAUAGAUGCUAACGACUUCACAGGCGCGUUGGCACCGGGCAACAGCCAAACUUACGAAUGGAACGCAACCCAAUACGGACCCAGCUGGUACCACUCUCACUUCUCCCUACAAUAUGCCGACGGUGCCGCGGGCGCACUCGUAAUCAAUGGGCCCGCGAGCGCAAACUACGAUGAAGACCUGGGCCCGAUCCUGCUGGGCGACUGGUAUCACCCCACUGCAUUCGCGCUCUGGCAAAACAUCCCCACGGACGGCCCUCAGCCGGCAGAUAACGGACUAAUCAAUGGAAUGAACGUAUUCGACUGUUCCAAGCUCACGGACACCAACUGCGUCGGUGGCGGGAAACGCUUCCAUACAGAAUUCAAGCCCGGGAAGAAGUACCUCUUGAGGUUCAUCAAUAUAGCUACUGAUACGUUUUUCAAGGUCUCUUUGGAUAAUCACACUAUGACCAUUAUCUCCACGGAUUUCGUCCCUAUCAAGCCCUACGAGACAGAGUUCAUUUCUAUUGGAAUCGGCGAGCGGUACCAAGUUAUCAUCGAGGCGAACCAGGCUACGGAUAACUACUGGCUCCGCGCAAUAUCACAGGCGGCCUGCGGCGCUGCCAACACUAAUAGAUUAAACAUCAGGGGGAUUGUUCAGUACUCCGGGGCGAAAAAUACAGAACCCACUUCCAGCCCUCGCUUUGUCCCAGGAAGCUGCGACGACGAACCGAUGGGAAAGCUGGUCCCGGUUGUCGCGAUAGACGUCCCCCCAUCAGACCUAGGUGUCUCCCAGCAGGAGGAAGUCACCAUGUCUGUACCCGACAGAAUAUACUGGAAGCUAAACGGUAUCUCCGCGAAGAUAGACUGGUCGAACCCCACUCUCCUGCAAGUCGCUAAGGGGGAAACAUACCCGGAGGACUACAGCGUCUUGGAAAUCGGCCGCCCAAAUUCAUGGUACUACCUCGUUAUUGAGACGGCCCUCCCCAUCGAGCACCCCAUCCAUCUCCACGGCCACGACUUCCACCUCAUCGCCCAAGAAGCUGGAGCCUUCGACGCUUCCAAGGUCAACGCGACUUGGACCAACCCACCUCGCCGGGACGUCGCCAUGUUGCCCAGGAAUGGGUACAUGGUCAUCGCCUUCAAGACGGAUAACCCGGGGGUCUGGCUCCUGCACUGCCAUAUCGCCUGGCAUGUUAGCGGUGGCUUUGCGUUGCAAUUUGUCGAGAGAAAGGCUGAGUUGGUAAAGAUGUUCAACCCGCCCAGCGCUUGGCAUGAUACUUGCUCUACCUGGAGCACCUAUUCCGCUUCUAGUAUUAAUCCCCCACAGAUAGAUUCCGGUCUCAGGAAAAGGGUGUAUCGGGAUUUUUAA